AUGAGGCGGGGCGUCUUAAUCUUCCUCGUCGUCAACCUUGUCCUCCUAUCCUUCCUGGUUCGCAGCGUCUUCACACUCUUAACACUCCUGGUGGAAGAUGCCUCGGCCGACGCUAUCCACCGCGCGGAGCUUCCUUCGCCCAACUCCAGUUUGAUCGAGCAACGACCGCAGGUGAUCCCUAAGAUCAUUCACCAGACCUACAAGAAUGAGACUAUCCCGGAGGUGUGGUUGGAUGCUCAGCAGAGCUGCAUCGACUUGCACCCUGACUACGAAUACAUUCUGUGGACAAACGAAAAAUCCCGCGACUUCAUCUCCAAGGAGUAUCCUUGGUUCCUUGACACUUUCGAUGGUUAUAAAUACCCCAUUCAGCGGGCUGACUCCAUUCGUUACUUCGUCCUGGCGCAUUAUGGAGGAACUUAUAUCGAUCUCGAUGAUGGCUGCAACCGUCGCCUGGACCCUCUUCUCGCAUACCCCGCGUGGGUGCGCCGUACCGCUCCAACUGGUAUCUCCAACGACGCAAUGGGCUCAGUCCCUCAGCACCCAUUCUUCUUGCGUGUGAUCGAACUUUUGCAGUCCUACGACCGCCACUGGCUGCUCCCUUAUAUCACAGUCAUGUACUCGACCGGCCCAUUGUUCUUGUCAGUUCUCUGGAAGGAGUACAUGCUGGACAAGCCCAACGAAGCAGCUCGUGUUCGCAUUCUCAUGCAGGAUGAGUACAACAAGUACUCGUGGAGUUUCUUCACCCACCACGUUGGAAACAGCUGGCACGGAAAAGAUGCCAGAUUAAUAUUCUGGAUGGGACAACACUGGAUGUUCCUUACCAUGUGUGGAUUUGUCCUCGCCGGAGUUGUUGGCUGUACCCUUUGGUGGGCUUAUGGCCGAGUGAUGCUCCUGAGCUCCAAGUACCGCUACCGGUACACCAAACUUCCCAACUUUGUCGGCUCGCCCCGCCUGUCGUCACCAUCGCGCCGGAGUCGGCUCACAGUGCCCACUCUUCUCCGUCGGGUUAGCCUGAAGGACGAAGAAGUUGGAGUCUCAGAAACCUCAUACGAACUUUAUAGUCGACGUGAUUAA